AUGGCCAACCUGAAUACUCCGCUCCUGGCUGCCCUUGUCUUCCUUGUUCUGACACUUCAAGCAACUGAGGCAGGUCCUUAUGGUGCCAACGUGGAAGACAGUAUCUGCUGCCGGGACUACAUCCGUCACCCUCUGCCCCUGCGUAUGCUGAAGUAUUUCUACUGGACUUCAGACUCCUGCCGGAGGCCUGGUGUGGUCUUCCUAACUGUCAAGGAUCGGGAGAUCUGUGCUGACCCCAGAUUGCCCUGGGUGAAGAAGCUUCUCCAGAAGCUGGACCCAUGAGGAAGGGCCUGCCCUGAAGACCAUGGCCUUGGCUCCACCAGGAAGGCUCGGAGAGCCCCGUCUCCUGGCCAUUACAGCUGCCCUGCAACACAAGCCUAUGCCAACAAAUCUCUCUGCCAUCUUUUGUCUCUGUCCCUGAAGCUGUCACCCUCAGACGAGCUUCCACACUGUCACUUGUCUCCCUCCAACCUGUCCUCUGCCCCGCCAUAGCCAGAGAGGCCACAAUCCUGGUCAGUCACCCCCUGACUCAAAACCAUCCGAUGGCUCCCCAUUGCCCCAAGCUGAGGUGAAAGCUCCGGAGCCUGGCACCCUAGUCUCCAGUCCUGCCUUACUUCCCUUCACACAUGUUGGACUCCAGCUCCCUGUUCUCCAAACCCAGGCCAAACAUUUCCACUUCCAGGUCUUUUUCCAGACUCCUCUGAUGCCCGGAAUGUAUCCCUGUCACCUGCACAUGUCCAACCCUCCAGGCCCUCCAAGGUAUCGUGCAUCCCAGGCAGCCAGCCAUUGAGUUUUAUUUUUCAGAUGUCCCCUCACCCUCUGCUCCCACUUAACAGCCCUGAUCACAGUCUGUCCAGAACUCUCAGAACUUGGAGGCCUGUCAUCCAGCCCCAUUGGUUGGACUAAGGUCCCAUGCCUGAGUUACGUUGUCUCCUGGCCUCUAACACAGAGUACAGAGCACAGGGGCUGGCUCAGAAUCAGGGCUCAACAGAUGGCUACAGACUGAAUCAAUAAAAGCAAUGUUCCUCUCCCACCCCCACCCACCAAAAGCCCUCACGCAUCAUUACGGAGACUCGAGUUCAUCUAGAAAGCAGCCUGCUGAGUCAACUGUGAAGCCAGAUUCACCUUUCUUCCCCAUUUUAUUUAUGCAUUGGAUCUCUUUACUCUUUUUGUUUCCCUCUGGUCUUGACGACUCCUUCAACCUCCAACACCCAGGCCUGACCCCUUCAGAGUCCCCCACUUUUCCUUUCUCCUUUCCCAAAUAACCAGUAACUGAAUUUUUACUAUGGUGUAAAUGACUACCCUUGGCUUGAUAUUAACAGGCUCUAGCUGUAUUUCUAUAGGAAAAGAGGGCAAAUGCUUAAGAGGCCAAGUGGUUGAGUGGAAGAAUUUUAGGAACUAUGUGGGAGGGGGACAAGGUGGAAACUUUCUGGCCCUGGGACUGUGCAGGGCAUAGUUAAGUGAAAGAGCCUUAGGUGGAGAUUGUUCUCAGGUGGCAGGGGUCAGCAUAAGGACUAGGAUUGAGGAUUAUCUGCACUUACUUGGGGACAAUAGAUUCACCAGGCAAAAGAAAUAGCCUUUAAAUGUGCUUGUUUCUUACCGAGGAAGCUUGGGGCAGUUCAGCAGGGUGGUUAUCGCUGUGUGUUCUGAGAAGAUCAUUGAACCUCUCUGAGCCUCACUUGAGAAUGAGAAUACCCAUUUUAAGGGGUCGCUGUGGGGCUCAGGUCCAAGACAUGGGGAAUAAAACUUAGUGUCUUCCCUGGAGCCCAGGAUCAUCUGCCCACCAUGGACACUGCAAGUGUUAACCUGCUCGCUGCCCAUGCACAGGGCCCUCAAGCAUCUUGGGAUCCCCACCACCACCACUGCUCCUGU